ACGCGUGCUGUUGCCAUGGAGCCCCGUUGCCACGGAGCAGAGUCUGUUUCCUUGUGAAAAGUUGAGCUUUAAGGUGAAGUAAAACCCUCGGUGUGAACGGGACUCUGCUCGGUGGGAUGUUACCGAAAAACGGCCACGAGAGUUAAAGUUCUCCACCGAGCCAAACCGGGACACCGGAGAGACGAAGUGACCGGAGGAACCGGAGCUGCUGCCGCCUCACUCUGACCCACCAUGAGCUGCAGAGAAGCUCAGGGCCGCCUGCAGGUCCUCCAGAUCUACCGCCUGCUGCAGUACGUCCAUGAAGGAGACAAACCGCAGAUGGAGAAGAUGAUCAACGUCGGAGUGAAGAACCUCAUCAACCUCACCGAGCCACGGGACGGCAAAGGGGCGCUGCACGUCGCCGUUUCAACCAACGACCACGACCUUGUUGACUUUCUCCUCUCUCAUGGAGCAAAUCCCAACAUCCAGGACAAGAAGGGCCAAACCCCGAUGAUGUUAGCCGCUGAGCUGGGCAACGCCGCCAUCGUGGUUCUGCUGGCCAAGAACCAGGCCAACGUGAUGCUGCUGGACGCUGAAGGAAAAGGUGUACUGUUCUACUGCAUCUACCCCACCAAGCGCCACUCCCACUGCCUGCAGGUGGCGCUGAAGUGCCAGGCGGACGUCAACAAUGUGUCAUCAAACGGGAUUCAUGUCUUCCAGCUGUCAUGUGAAAAAGCCGAGGAGUGCGAGCCGUUGUGUCUGACCCUGCUGGACGGUGGAGCAGACCCCAAUGCAGCUGAUCAGAAUACUGGUGUCACGGCAUUAAUGGCAGCAGCCAGAGCCGGAUCCCUGCAGCUGGUUAGAGCCAUCCUGAAGAAAGGAGGAAACCCCAACGCCCUGGACGGGAAGCGUCUCACAGCAGCUCACUAUGCCGCCAUGGGGGGCUUCUUUGAGGUGAUUCGGGUUCUGUCUGCGUACUCAGCAGACCUGGGAGUGAUCAAUCUGGAUAGCUGCACACCGUUACACUACGCUGCUGCCACCGGCAGCGCUAACUGCUGCAAGUUCCUGGCACAGAGAGGUUGUAACCCGAAGCUGAAGAACCAGGAAGGUCUGCUGCCACGUCAGAUUGCCAAAGAGUCCGGUCACAAAGCAGCAGCCAAGGAGCUCCGGAAAGCAGAGAAGCGACAGGGGAAAGGCAACAAGUCCAGCGGUGUCAACCUCAUGUCAGACGUCUGGGCGCUGACCCUCCAUGACUGGUCCCACGAAUACGCCUUCGAAUUAUGUCAAGCCUUCACUGACGAAGGGGACUCUGUCGACAAAGAGAAGUUUAUUUCUGUGUUGGAGGAGCUACAGGCUCCGGUUGAACUGGAACAGCUUCAUACUGUGGUCUCAGCCCAUGAAAAGGGAAGAGACGGGGACAUCAGCAUUAACGACUUCCUCAAAGGUGUGAAGUACGUAAAGAAACCGUUCCUUCUCUCCUCCUAUAUGCCUAAAAAGAAAAAGGGUGAAAAGGGAGGUAAAGGAGGUAAGAAGAAGGGUAAAAAGAAGGGUAAAUUUGUCCUGCCCUUGCCCAUUUGCACCCAGCCACUGGAGGUCAUGCCGCGGCGACUGGACGGAGGUCCUCCUCCCUUCAUGAUCGAGACCUACCACAACCCCUCAGACAUCAGGAGGUUCAACCCCGACCACCCACCAGCACAUCCCAUAAUGAACGACUCCGGGUGGUACAUGGAGAAACCAGAGAAGGUCUACGUCAGUAUCAGCUACUGCGUGAAGAGUGGAGAUCUGGAGUCCCUGGACCUGGCCUUCAGCCACGGGGUUCCUGUGGACGUUCACGAUCAGCACUACAAGACGCCGCUGAUGGUCGCCUGCUCCAGUGGAAACUACGAGGUCGCCCAGUUCCUCCUCAGCCGCGGGGCUGAUGUGAACGUGUCUGAUGGGUUCCUGUGGACGCCCCUCCAUCACGCUGCUUACACCGGAGACGUGGAACUGAUGGAGCUCCUGGUGAAGGCCGGAGCCGCUGUGGAUGCUGUAGCCAUCGGUGGAGGAACACCACUAAUGAGGGCCAUAGAAAGCUCCAAACCCGCCUGUGUGGACUUCCUCAUCAAGGCAGGGGCCAGAGUGAAUGCAGAGACCAGCAAAGGACAUAACUGUCUGGAUGUGGCCAGAGCUUUUGGAGACUCCAGAGUCAUCGACCUGGUCAAAGAUAGGAUGAAUUCUCUGCCCAAACCCAAGGAUCCAGGGAAGGGGAAGGGGGGCAAAAGUCCACAAACUAAACCUGCUAAAGUGAAGGGUUUUUCUGCAGGAGGUUCAGUUCACGCCGAGGCAUCAACAGCUCCAGCAGGACUCCCACUGCCAGAGCAGAAAGAAUCAAAGGGUGUCAUCCUGCAGAACACAAGGAUCACUACAGGGAGGACCAACACCGUGGACAUCACCUUUGUGCCAAAAACGGUCUGGGGGAAGCCGCCCUCCACCCAGCAGCUGAUGUCUCAGAUAGACAGACGGAAGCAGGACUUCUCCCUGGAGGUGGACCUGGAUGAUCUGCUGAUGCCCUUCAGCCGCAACAUCCAGAGGAAGAUCCUGGAGCUGACCAAGCAGACAGACUAGGCUGGAGGAAGGUCAGGCAGAGACGGACACCACACUCUGAAUCAUAGACCUGGACACCGAUAACGGUUAUGGAUAUCUGAUCAGUUUUGGGACUUUAAUGUUUUCAUUAGCAUUGACUGGCAUCAUGUUUAGUUUCAGAGGACACACAUGGUAUCAUUUCAUGAUGCUAAGUUACAAACCAUAAAGCCAUACAGUUUAAAAGGAUGAAAUGAGUGAAUCCAUAGAAAUAACGGGUGCACCUUUCAUUACUGUAAAUCCUCAGUGUUCAGCAGGGAUGUUUAUCUGUUAAAUAUCGUAAAACACUGGAUGAUGCGUGAGGAUUUCUGCACAUAAGUAUAGAAUGAAUGGCUGCUGUACUUUCAGUCUUGCUGUGUAGAAUCUCAUGACUGUGGAAGUUAACUACCUCAUCUAACAGUAACGGGCUGGGACUCUCUGAGCAGAGGACAGGAAGUUAGUCCUGUCUGUCCGUCUGUCCCACCUGCAGUUAGAGACAUUCAGAGUCUGGUUGAAAUGACAGGAGACAGAGAUCGGUUAAUUACUGUACUGAGUGUUUUUCUCUGUUUCUGUCUGAGUUUCUUUCUUUCAUUCUGUCUCUUUGUCUUUCUGUCUCUCUUUUUGUCUUUUCUUUUGACCUGUCUUCUUUUGUUUCUGUCUUUGCCUUUAUUUCUACCUCUGCGUCUUUCCGUCUGUAGUUGAUCUUCCUUCUCUCUUUCUUUCUUCACAGAUAACUCUUCAGACUCUAACUGCUGAUCUUCCUCUCCUCAUGGCAGUUGGAGCACACCAGCUCUCCCACAGCUCUGUUCAGAUUCUAUAAAACUGCUCUGCAUUACUCAAUGCACUCAUUAAGCCCCAAAUGUUUAAGCUUCAAACUGUUUCUGAGCAGGAAAAUACAGAAAUUAAGGAUUUAUUUUUUCUUUUUGCCAGAAUGCCUGAAUUUUUUUUCUGUUGAGCUGCAGUUUUUAGGUGGAAAUGUCUUAAAAACGUCAUAUUGACGUGUUAACAGGGUAAAAAACUAGAUUUUCUCUAAGAAGAAUGUCAGACCUGUUCUCAGUCAGCUCCCCUGUGAUCGUUCCUUUUGGUUUCUCUGCUGGAACAUUUUAACUGCAGAGAACUUCCUUCUCCUCAGGUGCAGUUCCUCUUCAUGACCAGCAUGUGGCGCUGUUUGGCUAAUUUGGCAAUGCAGGGGUUCAGAAAGAAGAUAAAACUUGUAGGGAGCUGUUGUUUCUCACUCAGAAAAGCAUCAAAAUGGCCCCCAUGUGUGUUUACUGUCCUCAGUUAGAAUCUGCUAACUCUGUAUUCAUCACAUUAUUAUUAUUAUUAUUUUAAGACGCUCAGAUGUUUCAGCUCUGCCUUCAGUGUCUCGUUAAUUCUGCAGCCGAACAGUAUUUGGGUCAUAUUUCUGCUGUGGAUGGUGUUUAUGGGGAAUAAUCUCAGGAAGAGGACGUUGUUUUGUGCGUUAAAUGUCGCAUCGAGGCGCUCCCAUCACCACCAUCGGCAGAUAAAAUUAGAUUGCAGCGUCCUGAAGGUCCACAGGGACGCAGUUAUAUAAUGUGAUAUACAGGCAGAGGGUGGAGGGGUAGGAGCUCUGAGCUUAGGGGGUUCACAGUAACACAGGGGUAGUUUAAAUAUACAGUCAGAAUACUGCUGAGGAGAGAAGGGGGGGGGGAUUAGACCAGGGAGAGCCAAGAGGAGGCGGGAAAACACACAUGAUGAUUUACAGGAAGAGGAAUAAAGAGAAGAAGCAUCACAGACAUUUAUGAUGAUGAGGAGGAGGAGGAGGAGGAGAGGGUGACUCAGAGGAUGGGAGGGAGGGAUGGAGGCGGAGGAGGGGGAGGAGGAGGAGGAGAGGGCUUUUCUAGCACCAUCAGUGGCUCACAGGUUAGAGGAGUAAACAAGCUGCCGGUGGGGAUGGAGGGUCGUGACGCAGUUCGUCUGUCAGGGCGUUGCUCUGGCGUGCACGGUCCUGCAGAGUGUGUGUGUGUGUUCAUGUGGUGUGUGUGUUCAUGUGGUAUGUGUGUGUGUUCAUGUGGUGUGUAAACUCCUCACAUCAUUUUAUUUAUGACGACUCAUUCACAUUUUCCUGCAUGGAGUCUGUGGAGGAUUGUGACCAACAUGCCAGCAGUGGUUCUGAUUUUCUGCAGUUUCAGUCUCCUCUCCUCUCCUCUCCUCUCCUCUCCUCUCCUCUCCUCUCCUCUCCUCUCCUCUCCUCUCCUCUCCUCUCCUCUCCUCUCCUCUCCUCUCCUCUCCUCUCCUCUCCUCUCCUC